AUGGGCGGAAACGCGCUCACGCAUCUUUUGCCUGCCGCAUCAUUUCCCAGGUUACCCCACCAUAUUUAUGCCGCCAUAAAAGCGCACCUGCACGAUCGCCUCGCGCCGCUGUAUGAGCGCGUCGCCACCCCGCGCGAGGCGCCGGAGAAGCUCGACUACGGAGACGUCGACUUCAUCGUCGUGUGCCCUAAGAAGCCCGAUAUAACGCACGAGGACGUGCGGAUUGCGUUGGGCGCGGGCGCGAGUAUACAGGGGCGCACGAGCAAUUUCGCAGUGCCACUGAGCCGAUACACCGACGAGGUCAUGGGGAACACGCAGCGUGGUGGGCAGAGAGAGCACGAGGAGUACGUGCAGGUCGACGUGCAUGUGUGCGCCGAGGUACCGCAGUUCGAGCGGGUCGUGUUUUUUCACGGAUACGGUGACCUCGGGAUGAUCAUUGGAUGCCUUGCGCGUAGCGUUGGCCUUCAUCUAGGAGAUCACGGUCUGAAGGUGAGUUACACGAGGCGGUAUAUAGCGCUUCAGAGCAUCGCGGGGCCUGAAUAUGCAUUGCUUUGGGUGCAGAUCAACUCGCAGGACCUUGCGCCUACGACCUCGCCAGCGUUUCCUCUAUCUGCGUCCUUCGACCGCAUCCUGAUGUUUCUCGGGCUUUCUCUCGACAGAUGGAGCGCAGGCUUGUCAACGCGGGAGGAAGCGUUCGAAUGGGUGGCGACCUCGCGGUUCUAUAGCCCUGUCCGAAUCCGCGAAAGGCAGCUGCGCGCAAAACGGCGUGUAGACCGGGAGAUGUACCAAGCAUUCAUUCAGUGGAACGAAGCACGGGCCAACCGUGACAUCACCCACCAAGAACAAGCUGAGCCGUUGAGCGAUGUAGCCGACGAGGCCUUGGUAUAUUUCGAGAAAAAAGAGGAGUUCAGCAGGUUGGUGAAGGAGAAUCAACGACGUGUGAGGCUAAAGCAGACUUGGAACGGGAACGUAGUGGGCGGAUGGACGGGAUGGUAUGGGCACGGUGUAGCGCGGGUCAUGGAGUAUGUUAGGGAGAAGCUAGGCGAGGAUAGAAUCCUGGAGAUGGAGGAGAGCGAGUUGAGAGCUGCGGUCAUGGAGGCUAAGGAGAUAGUACAGCGAGAAUGGGAUAAGAACAAAGAGGAGGCAAGAGACACCCACUGA